ACCACGAGAGGUCACGGAGAAGAGAGGAGGAGCGGCGGCGUCAGGGCCGGAGAUGUCGCUCUACAACUUCACGUACGUCCUCAUCGGCGACUCAGGUGUCGGUAAGACAUGCCUGCUUGUGCAGUUCCUCCACAAGGAGUUCCACCCUGUCGUUGAUUUCAACAUCGACACCGAGUGCGGGGACAAGAUGAUAACCAUCGACAACAAGCCCGCCAAGCUCCUGAUUUGGGACACGCCAGGCCGAAAUGCAUUCAGAUCGUUAACUACACCACUAUACGACGAGGCUGUCGGUGCUCUCUUGGUUUAUGACAUCACCAGGAGGGAGACUUUUAACCAUCUCACCAACUGGCUACAAGAUGCAAGGAAAUAUGCGCACCCUGGCAUGACAAUAAUGCUGAUUGGGAACAAAUGCGAUCUAUCUCACAGCCGUGCAGUGAGCUAUGAGGAAGGCGAGCAGUUUGCAAAGGACCAUGGCCUUCUCUUCAUGGAGGCAUCUGCAAAAACUGCACAGAAUGUUGCGGAGGGUUUCCUUCAGACUGCUGUAGCAAUAUACAAGAAAAUUCAGGAUCCUUCAUCCGAUCUAUAUAAUUAGGUAAUGUUUUACAAUUCAGUCAUAAUACUUAUGUAGCUGUCCAUUUUUAAUAAAAAGUUCUACCACCUAAGUUUCUCUGUGAUGAAGCAGAAAGGCCUUUCGACUGAUUCAAGACUGUUAUAUGAUCCUUAGGUUACGUUAUUUAAUAUUGCACGA